AGCUUGCACAGCGUCUAUAGAGAUAAAUUAAAAACAAAUUGGUCUAAGGAAAUAUUUACAGUUGAAAAAGUUAUUAAGGAAAAAUAAGGUUCCCCCCGCAACCUUGUCAUAGUUAUAAACAUAUUAUAGUUAUAGUCAUAAGCCCGACUUGCGCGCGACAAACCUGUUUUGGUCCGCCGCCCAGGUACGUUCUUAUUCCGCGCGGAGUAUUCUACCUAUUUUUCGGAAUUUUAUUAAUCACUUGAUUCCAAUAUCUGUGGUACAAAAUAUGGAGGCUAUAUCAGUUUAAAUACAUGGAAGGGUUAUAAACAUAUAUUAUGUAUAAUAUGUCAAUAUAUAUUGACAUAUGUAAUGGUGUUUCGAUAAUUCCGUUGAUCCGUAUAUUAUAAACUAUUGAUCAUUGUGCAUUUGUGCCUGUCAAUACGUUCACCUGGUUUUUUUGUCUCUGACCGUCACGAUGGCAGAUUACUUACUUAUUAAAUGUCCGGUGUGCAGUCGGUGUUUUGUGUUUGAUUUUUGUUUUAUCCACCACUUUGAGCAUAACCAUAAUAUGCAUGAUUAGUUUACUACGUCAACAAACGUCGUUGAAAAAAGGAAACGGUUCACUACAAAUCAAGUAGGUACAUAUGACUUUUAUACUUAUUUAAAUGCAUUAGUGUUUUGUUAUUUGUUUGACGUAAAUCUUAUAGAACAUGAUUAAGCUGAUCGCAGCGGCAAUCCCGAAAUGCGGGGUAACACAUAGUAGCGAAUCACUAUUGUGGUUCGUGAAAAGUUUUGACUGUAGGGUUGAAAGUGUAGACCAGCUAAAUUCGUUCAUCGUAGAAAACCUUGCUGGCAUUCAAUACUACGUCUACGCUAACACUGAAGUAUGUAACAAUUAUAAAAAAUAUAACACAAAUGUAAUGGUUAAAAAAAAAAUUAAUAUAUACAAUAAUAAAUUGUUUACAGGCACCAUCAAGGUAUACAAACAUAAGAAAGGCUAUCGAUUACAUAGUAGAGGAGAAUGAGGAAGAAACAAUUUUAGGGGGGGAAUUUAUAGCAUUAAAAUCUUUAGCUUCAAAAUUCGUCAAUAAAACAUUCAGUAAAAAAUUGGGGAAAAAAUUUAUUUCAAAUCAAAUUAUAUCUACUAUUAAAUUAUUCCAAAAUGGUUCGGUACAAUGUCACUCAAAAUUUAUUUCUUUACAAAAACCGUUAGCAAUUAAUCCCGAAACCUCAUAUUUAGACCCAUUUUUUAAAAACUUUUUUCGACCUCAGCCUCCUCCCCUAUGUAAUCACUCAAUUAAGUUAGAUAUGUGUACGGUUGUCGCAUUAAACCACACCCUCAAUGAACAUUUAAUGUACAAUUUGAAUGUAAAUCCAAAAAAGUGAGUGUAAUGGUUCAUAGGUAAUUUACAAAAUUCUUAUUUAUUUAUUUUUUUAUUUUUCAGUGAUGCAAUUAGUACGCUUCUAGAACAGAAGAUCUGGCUGGUGAAGACUGAACUGGUGGCGAGGUACGUCGCCAGAUUUCAGUCCUCAAUUGAAGACAUCGUGAAAGGUUCACGUAUGGUGGUGAAUGCGACGGAGACCAUUCAACACCGUAUGUUGUGCAUGUUGGAUUUGAAUUUUCAAGGUUUCAUAUCUGGCCUUGACAACUGGUAGAAUUUUUACCAUACUGUGGAUGAUCUGAAUGUGACGCAUACGGGCUUAAUACACUUUUCAACCAUCUUAAAAUUGUCAUGACCAUCUGCCAUCAUACCUUCACCACUAAGUCUAAUUUAAAAUUCACCCUCACUACCUUAAUAAAUCAGCAAUACAUCAUCAGCCAUCAGAUCCAUAACAAAACCAUAUACACCUCUGAAAAUCUUCCAAAAAUUAAAUCAGCACUUUCAAAACAUUAUUAUGACACCACCGUCCACAGAAUCAUGAACAUCACCAAAGACGAAUAUUUAGCAACUGCCAUGCAGCAUAGUGUAAGAAAAACUUUUUAUAGUUCACAAAUUCAAAUAAUUUAUAUAAUUGUUUUUUGUCUUCUGUUUCAGUUACCAACAACACUGUGGGAAAACACAAAUCCAUUACAUCAUACACCUUCAUACAUCAACAAAACGUACCUGUUCACCAAAUUAUUGAAAAAAACUAUAUUCAUCACAUCAUUUUUAAACACAUUAACAUUGACAAUGAACACCAUGACAACAGACAUACACACAGAAUACACACAAAAUUUACAAACUUACAAACAACAUUUAGACACACUUCUAACAACCCAUCCACCACAAGACACAACGUUAACCUUUGAGGAACUACUGACAAUAACAACAAACGAUCAACACGAACUACCAACACAUAACACUGAUUAUGCUUUAAAGAAAGAACAUUUAUGACUCGAAAUUGAGAAUUCUAUGUCUAAUAUGUCCAAAAUAAAUUUGAUCGUUAUGGGUUUACCGUUAAAUAUACAGGAUAAAUUAGAUAAAGAGGAGAUUACAAAUACAGACUUAUUAAUGAAUAGAAUUAUAAUGUAUGACACAGGGUUUAAUAAACAAAAAAGAGAAGACAAAAUAUAUAAUAUAUAAUUUAAUAGUAACACAAUAACACCAAUUGGAAAGAGUAAUGCAGACAAGAAAUAUAGUGCGGUAUCAAAACCGUUUCAUGAAACGUUUCAAAAAACCACGUCUCUAGACUUGUCUGUCUUAUCACGUCUCAGCGACUCAGCUUAUUAUUUUUGUUCAACGGAAUAAUUAUCAAAAUUACAACAUUUCCUGUAGUUUUCAAAAGCCUCGGGAAAAACCAAAAGUAUAUUAAGGGAAUACGGAGAUUUUUACUCAAAUUCAGUUUAAUUUUGUUCGUUGACGUACGUAACAAAACAAAAAUUUAACUGUAGAUACAUACGAUUUUCACCGAAUGUUAAUUUUUAUA